AUGACCCGCCACCGAUACUCACUGGAGAAUGUCUUUCGCGAGAACUCCGUAGCGAACAUCUUCUACACGCUGGUGCGCGACAAGGAGGGCAAACUGGGCGGUGGCGAUGCUGCUCAGGGAGCUCCAGGCAACCGAGGUCUGCUCUCCGCAGACUCCGACGGCGACCAGGACACGCUGCUGCGCUACAUCGAGGUGCUCUGCUUUCAGGUGCGGACGAUAGUGCGCCUGGAGCCGAAGCUGCUUCGCCUCGCCGGCCCAGUGCACGUCAUCGGCGACAUUCGCGGCAGCCUAGCGGACCUCUUCGCCCUCGAGCACUGCCUCUUCCCCGCCGUGCCCUCCCUCUCGCAGACGGUCCUUUUCCUAGGGAACUACUCCGACAGCAGCGCCGCCUGUCAGAGCUGGGGCACCGAGUGCAUCUUCUACCUGAUGGCCCUGAAGCUGCUGAUGCCCAAUAAGGUGUAUCUGCUGCGCGGCCGGUACGAGCUGGCGCCCUUCAACGUCGCCCACCUCGGCCGGGAGCUGGCGGAGAAGUACGGCCAGGCGAUGGGCGACAAGGUGGUGGGGCUGCUGAACGGCGUCUUCCAGCAGCUGCCGCUGGCCGCCACCAUCGAGGAGAGCAUCCUCUGCACGCACUCGGGCAUUCCACAGCUGCCCGCAGGGAAGACGCUUUUAGAGGUGCUGACUAGCAAGGAAAUGGAGCAGGCGGAGGGGGAUCCAGUGGAGAAGAUGGCACCGGCAGCCUAUGAGAUCAUCACGAACAUGCCCACCAACUACGCCAACUCGCCCGAGUUCUACCUCGAGGGCAAGCAGAUUUUCCACCCCAGCUUCGUCAAGGACAGCAAGGAGAACUGCAGCUACUUCAACGGCGAGGCCUUUGGCGACUUUAUGCGCGCCAACAAGUUCGACAUGUUCGUCCGCUCGCACAACCCCUGCAAG